CCGGUAUUUUUCCUUCCAUCGGCGGAUGCAAGUGUAGCUCUAUGAAUCCGCGCUAUCUCUCUCCCCACCACCCGCCUACCCAUGCACUCACGCACACAAUCCAAUCUAAGCAGCUCCACGUCCAUCCAGCCGACCCUUCCCCAUCAGCCCAGCUAUCCGCCACUCUCAGCCAUCCACAGCUGCCGCCGCCACCCCCUCUUUGAUGUCGGUCAUCGGGUUGAGUCUCGUUCGUGUGGCGGCGGGUGCGGGCACCUGGGGUGAGGGGGAGGGCGAGAAGCGGAACCCACAGUGGGGCGACAUGGCGGGAGAUGGGGAGCCGCCGAUCGACAGACGGCCGCCGCCACCCACACGCUGAUCGAUGGAUGGAGACAUGCGAGAGGGAUGGGAUUGACUGCGCAUGUGUGUGUGUAUAUGUGUGUUGAGAGGCCGGCAAGCACUGUACCUGGAAGUUGAAUAUGAGUCUGCCGGGUGAGUGUGCGUAGGGAAUGUCCUGGUACGUCUCCGCCGCCAUAGCGCGGGCCAACUCCUCCUGUAAACCAACCACACAUAUGGGGGGCAGGCAAGCCACUUGUGUCUCCUCUGUUCUCUUUCGCGUGCCACCGUCAGUCACUUUACCUGCAGUUUGCCGAGUUUGUGCACCUCGAGGAGGUUGGCGUUGGCCAUCAUCUCAUACAACACAAACUGACACACAAAGACACACACACAUAUACACACAGAGAGAGGGGGGGAGGUGAGCGAACCACACUUGCGGCUUCUUCCUUCAGUGUCCGCCACCCAUCGAUUCACGUACCUUGUCCAUGAGGCUGCGCCACUGCUCUGCUGUCGGCAGCUGCAGCACAUCAGGCCCUUCUGCAGCACCAGCAGCAGCAGCAGCAGCAGGCUCCUCUACACCUGACACAACAUUGACAGAUCAGUGGGUGGACGGCGUGUGAGCCGCCCACCUUGUUUGAUCAUGUCUUGGUCGGUGUUGUUGUCAAUGUGGUCGUCACCUUGUGAAGGCUCAGGUACGGUUGCCUGCUCGUACUCUUGGAUGGCCGCGCGCCACUCCAUCAUGGCGUCCUCACCCCUAAUGGAUGGAUACACCCACACACCAAUGCCAGCCACAGACACGCGCAUGGUAGACAGACAACACAGUAAUGCAUUUUUUCGGUCACGGCGGUAUGGUUUGUCACGGCGGUAUGGUUUGUGUACUUGCGCAGUUUCUCCCGCAGGAUGGCUAUCUCCAGGUCAAGCUCCGCCUCCUGCAUAUACCCAUGCCCCCACACACAGAUGCAUAGGAGACAUGAACAUAGGUAUACGAACCCCUUUCUCUGUGUUGUGUUGACCUACCUUCUGCUCGAGAGGCGACAGCUGCUUCUUGCCGGUACCUGGCUUGUCGUCAAACUGCACAACACACACACACACACACACACAUACACAUACACAUCAUGGGCCUGUGUGUGUUGAGAUGUGUCUGUGCCCUCCCUCCCUCCCUCCCUCCCUCCCCCACCCACCCACCACGAGUAUCUGUUCAGGUCUAUCCCGCUCGGCCUCCUCAAGGGCGUCCAGGUAGGCGUUGUCCAGUAUGUCCAACAAUGCGGCAGCUGCAACCAAUGAAUGUGGGACACACACAUACACACGCACACACGCAUAAAGGGCUGACAUGACAGGGGGGCAUUGCAUUGGCCCUCACUUUGCUGUUUCUCGUCUUCGGUUCCGCCCUCUAGCUCCAACUGACGGCGGCCGGCCGCCAUGGCUAUCUCGUACACCUUGCGCUCCUCACUCGUGGAAUCUGCACACACACCACACACACACAAACAAAGGCGUGGAUGAGUACAUUUGAUGCACAGCCGUCUGGUUUGGGCACACCGACCGUUGUUCAGAAUCUCCUUCUGCGCAGCCAAAAACUCCGGAUCGUUAUAAACUGACAUACAUAAACACCACCCAACACACACAUCGAUAUAUGCGUCCCCCCCGCCACCCCCCCUUCCCUGACUCACUGUCCAUGAGGUUGCCGGUGGACUUCCGAGGUCUCCGCGCCAUUGGCCUCGGCGACGGCGGCACCAAAUCCAUCCCAUCGCUAUCGCUACCACCACUCACACCCACAUGGGGACUGUUCUCGGGCGCGCGCAGCCCCCCAACCUCACCAACACACUCAAACACGCCGCUGGUAGGGGCAGGACCGGCCGACAUAGGGCGGGGCCGCACAAACACCGGCGAGACGCCACGCAGGAAGUCGAACCCUCCUCCUCCCCCGCUGCCCUGGCCAUUCUGACCCUGGCCCUCCCGCUCCAGCCGUUUCCUGGUCUCUUCGAGCAUCUUGGACACGCCCAGACGCGCCUUCCUGGGUGGGGGUGGCGAGAUGGGCCGCGGGGCGGCCGGGGAGAAGUCCAUGGCGUGCUGCUGCUGCUGGUGUUGCUGCUGUUCCUCCACUUGUGUGAUGAGGUGGUUGACCAUGUCCUUGACCUGCUCCUCGCCCUCCUGCCCCUCCUCUCCCUCCCACCCGAGACCCCGAUUGGGCGUCAGGGGCCGCUCGAGCGGGCUGCGAUUCAUCAUGGGAGCCACCCACAUCCCCGGGGAGGGGUUGAAUGGCAUUGGGAAUGCAGAGGGUGCUCUCGACUUGGGUUGGGGUGGCAGGGGGGGUGUGAGUGGUCGGCGGUAGGGCGUGAUCGUGGGGGGGAUGGGGUCGGGCGGCGGCAUCAGGAUCUGUGACAGCGAACGGGCCUCCUUGUCCUUGUCAGGGUUCAACACGCUGCACACAUGACACACAUGCAGCACAAAACAGAGAGAGAGAGAGAGAUCAAACCGCCAUUCGUCCAUCGCCGCCCCAUGCCACCGACGCACCUGUGUCGGGGUAGUCUUCUGUGUGGUGUGAGCGGUCUGCCCCAUUCUUUCUCCUCCUCAGGUGCGUGGCUGGGCGGCGCCAUCCACCCGCUGCCGCACUCGAGCUGGAUCUCCAGCCCCAGCCGCUCAGGGUGCGAACAGAACAGCACCUCGUACGCACCCAGCGGCGGGUCGCCGAUGGUCGGCACGUCAAACAUCUCAUAAUACGCAGGGGGCACACGCUUGCGCGACGACUGACGAAUCACACACAUACAGACACACACACACGCACACACACAUAUGAACACAGCCACUACCACGCCCCCCUCCCUCCCCUAUAUGUGCCUCCCCUAUAUGUGUGUGGGGGGUGGCGUACCUUUGCCUUUCCAUCCUUGGGCGCGAGCACGUGGGGCGCCUUGAGUGGUGUGGUGAAGAAUCCGCCCCACGGCGGCUGCAGCAGGGUGUUCAGCGUCACGACCCGCACUGUGGGUGAGGGCGGGGGCGAUGGCGAGGGCACCGGGCUGAGCCGAUCUAUGUCCGUCUGGAUGUUCCGCUGCUGCUGCUGCUGCCGGGCCUCCGAUGGCAGCAGCGUCUUGCGCCGCUCACGCUGGGCUGAGGGAGGGGUCUUGGCGGGCGGCUUGGCACGGUCCACACGCACAGCUGCUGCAGCAGCUGCUGCUGCAGCACCUAGAAGCAGAGAAGGCAAGAGUGUGUAAGUGUGUUUGUGUGUGUGUGUGUCUCCUGUGGGUUCUGUAGUUGGUACCUGUGGCUAUCUCUACGCUUUUGGCUUUCGACUGGUCAUGCUGCAUGACACGCCGGGCCUUCCUCCUUUCUCCCUCGCCCCCAUCCCCGGCGCCAUCCUCACCCAGAACACCAUCCUCCACACCCAACCCCACGCCCCCUCCUCCCGCCCCCUCUCUCUGCUGCUGCCACUGCCGCUGCCGCUGCCGCCCCUCGUCUGUGUCAGCUCUGUCCGUGAGCUGCCGUGUGUCGCCGAGUACGGGCCGAUCGUCCAUGAUCUUGGGGAUGCCGCUACUGCCGCGGUUCGGCUUGGCACGGGGCAGCGGCAGAUUCUGACCGGUAGGCUUCCCCUCUGCGUGUGCACCCAUCACAACACAACAAACAGAGAGAAUCCAGGUCAGAGAGGAGAUGUGCACAUCCAUCCAUCCAUCCAUCGGCGCUGCUUGUGAUCCUGCUCACGAUGUAUCUUGUGCAGCGGCGUCUGGACGCCCCAUGGCUUGAUCGCCCCGACAGCCACCCCUCCCGCCCCCGCAAGACUUGACUUGACCGCUCCUCUGUGCGAGGGAGGCAAGGGAGGCCUCGCCACCGCAGGAGCAGCCGGCACAGCGGCCGCAGCGGCCGCAGCUGCUGCUGGUGCAGCGGGCUCGCUCGACUCCAUAUGGUGCACUUCGUCAUCUCGUCCGUCAGCCUGCUGUGUCUGUGUGGCGUCGUCGCGGCGAUGGCGCUUCGGUGGGACGUAGUCGGGCGGGCGGUUGCACCGCAGCUCCUUCCUGCACACAGACACAAUUAAUUCACAGAAUGUCAUCCGUGCCAAAUGGAAUGGUUGGAUGGACGCAUAUAUCGUGAGAAACCACCUCACCUCUGCGGCACAGACGACUGUUUGGGCGUGUUUCUGAAGUUGCUGGGGUCUCGAGUGGUGUUCUUGGCACCAGCAGGAGCCUGGGCGCCCUGAGCGCACAGAUCGACCCACACAGACCAUGGGAAUGGAUGCAUUCUUGCCCCCGAAGUUCCCGCAGCCAAUGGCCCGCAGCGCGCCGCUCACGUCGUUUUCAUUGCCGUCAUUGCCUACUGCCGCCUCACGCAAAUGCUGCCCGUCGGAAGGCUGACAUGACACAACCACACCAUCAGCAGAUGUAUCCAUCCACAGAGGGUUGAUGCGUAGUUGGCAGUUGGUAGUCGUGGCGUAUACGUUGUCCUGUGGCGGUCGGUGCCGCUUCCGAUGGAUACCGCCCUCACGGGCCGGACGAGGCUCAUCCCUGCCCUCCUCCGACAUAGGCAGUCUUCAACACAAUGCGAUGCGAUGC